CGCGGGGCAGGCACUCACCGUCAAGCACCUUGAUAGCACAGCCUUUCCUCUACUACCCCCUCUCUUCCAACUAUUCUUUACUUCUUCUUCUCCUCUGGAGAGUAAUAGUCAUGGACUCUGAAUCUGUCGUCGCCCAAGUCCAGCGCAAGAUCGAGCUGCAAUCCCCCGACGAUCUCUCAUAUCUCAUAGCCAAUGUCCGUCGCGCGGCUGCAGAACGCCUCAACGAAGCAUUUCCCGUGGUAGAGGGCAACGAUGGGGAGGAUGAAUUGCGAAAUCAGAUAGAAAAGCUCGUCAACGAGUACAUCGACAAAACAUUCUCCUUCGCCUCUCCAAAUCUCUCGAUAAACGGCCUCCCCGUAUCUCCAGACUCUUUCCUCUCCGAAUCAAACGUCGAGCCCGAUACCGUUUACGAACCUUUCGAUACACGCAAGCGCCGGCGCGUGGCAGAUUUAAUCACACAAGAAGAAAAGCUUCUCGAGGACGUUGCGGCGUUGAAACGCUCGGUACCCGCUACAACGGCCGAGGCGCAAGCAGAGCAAUUACGCGAUAGUUUAAAGCGCGACGACGAUAUGCUCGAAGCGCGAAAACAGCAGAUUAUAGCAGAGGCCGCUGAAGUGGAUUUGGAUGUCCAACCACUGGAGAGACAAGAUGGCGUGGAGAAAGGAUUUCGAAGAGCUGUCGAGGGUCUGGGAAGAUUGAAGCGCGAUAUGCCUGCCGUGGUGGCCAAGAUGCAGAGAGCGCGCGUGGCGGGCGAGUAUGUCGUUACGCAGGGACGAUAAAAGACAUCCCUUGUCUUGAUUGCAUAUAUACCCAGGGCGGCGAUCAGUGUAUUACGAACAGGGAGUUGGGGCGCAUUGGAUUGAAUUGGAUUAAUCGGCAAUGUCACUUCACAUUUUACAACACAAAUCUCGAGACCGCGUCUAUUGUUGAGAAUUAUUGCAGCCAUAGUCAGGAACCUCAGUCAGCCAGCAUCUAACAUAAGUCUAGGCACACACGAAAUAAAACGUCCACAUGAGCAUGUUUAUACACCGAGCAGAACAAGAAGGGGGUUGGAAGUCUUUUUUUGUGCUCCCUACAAACGUCACGCUCCGCCAUACUCUCCUCCAACGUGUUUUUACCAUAUAUAUAUAUAUAUAUAUCUUCGCUCAGAUAACCUCUCAAACCCCAUUUGUUGAAAAAAAGCAUGGUAAACGAGAGAAAAUAUGUGGUCUAUAUUAAGACGUCGCAAACCCGCCCGUCUAUCUUUCUUCCAUGUUCUUCACCUUUAGUACAUGUACUCUUCUUUAAGCGGCAGCAGGGGCGGGAGCAGGGGCAGUCUGGGUAGCAUCAGCACCCUCGGCAGCGGGAGCAGCCUCAGGAGCCUUUGCGGGCUCCUCAAUCUCAGAGCCCUUGUUCUCGAUGACGUUGGCAUCCUGCUUUCUCUCCCACCAAGCGGGACGAGCCCACUCAGGGUCGUGCCAAGGACCAGCAUCGCUGUUCUCACAGCCAGCUUCGCACACACACUCGCCACCGAAUUGCUUGGGGAGGUUCUCGGCGGGGAUCUGCU